AUGGUAGAUAAUACUUCUGUUCAUGUUCGAAAAGUUGGUGGUGUUAGAUUUACUGCUGAUUCAAAAAAUUCAUCCGACAAAAAUGAAGAAAAUCCAUUUAAAAAUGCUGAAUUACAAUGGGAACAAUGCUGUGAUAAUGAAUGUUCGUUUGAUUUAUAUUUUGGUAUUUUGAAACUUUCUCAUUGUUAUUCAAUGACCAUGGAUGUUGUUUUUAAGCAAGCUCCAUUUAAACUUGAGACAAUUCUCGGGGAUCAAUACGCGCGCGGAUUAAAACUAUUGGUCACUGAAUUCCCACAACUUCACGUUGGAAAUCGAACCAGUUUACAAGUUGAAGUUAUUAUUCCUGCAGAUACCACACCUGGACUUUUUCAUCAAACUUUUUUGUUAAGAGAAACAUCACGAUCACAACAAAAACCUGUCACUGUAAAUGUGAGUGGAAAAAUAUUACGACAAGGUCAAGGAACAGCAACACUAAGAAAUGGAGUUCAUAUGAAGUCAAUAAUAACAGAAGGAAAAGAGGAUGAUGAAUGA